AGAUGGCAAGCUGGCCCGCAGUGCAUCAGGCUGAUAUGAUCAGAUGCCAUGACCACCCCUCCUCUGCCUUCCUCGUCACCAGCUCCCACAUUGGAAAUCAUGGACAUGUCUCCUCUGCCGCAUAAGAUUCCCUACAUCGUCACCACCGACGUGGAGUUGAAGUCACCCACACCAGACACUGCCAUGGAGUCGCCAACAAUGACGGGUACUCCCAGUAGUUUGCUGCAGGCAUCACCGAUGGCAGAACCUCAGGGACCCUCGCAGGAGAAACGUCGGCCUACUUUUCUCCGGCCAUCCCUGGCUCGCAGCAAGGCCCAGUCCUUUCAACUGGGAUUGAAUCGUCCUGCUCCUGAGAGCCGGGAUCCGCCAUUCAAAUUCGGUCCAGGAAGCUCUGGCAAGGGCUCGCUGAGCGCGACAGCCUCGCUUGAGGACAUGUUUGGCGACUCCCCCCCGUCGGAGAAGCCGGCGUGGCGGAGCCAUGUCCCGAACAACUCCAUCGGCCAUGGUCGCCUGCGACCCCCGUUCAGCAGCAAUUCCAGCAGCUCCUCGCGUGGCAACGGGUCCCCCGGGCACUCAGCCAUCCGUAAAAACUCGCACCCGUCGAUGCGCCCUCGCAAGCAGUGUCGUCGAUCGCUGAGCAUGUUUGAACAUCCCGAAGAUGUGAUUCUCGAAAAAGAGGCAACUUAUAAUACAAAUGCACCACUUCAGUCUAUUGCUGACAUCGAAGGAAAUUCCAGCCUGCAGCUCCCUCACUUCAUCCCUGAGGACCAGGCGGAUAAUCUGCCUCGCAUCGAGAAGAGCAUCCUGGUGGAUGUGAUCGACGGUAAGUUCAACGAUCGCUUUGACAACAUUGUCAUUGUCGACUGCCGCUUCGAGUACGAGUAUGAAGGAGGCCACAUCAACGGCGCCGUCAACUAUAACGAUAAGGAGCACCUCGCAGCCGAGCUUUUCGCGGACCCGAAGCCACGGACUGCCCUGAUUCUUCACUGUGAAUAUUCCGCACAUCGAGCCCCCAUCAUGGCGAAAUACAUUCGUCACCGUGAUCGCGCAGUCAAUGUAGAUCAUUACCCCCAACUCAGCUACCCGGAAAUGUACAUUCUGGACGGCGGAUACAGCGCCUUCUUUGCCGAGCACCGCUCGCUUUGUUUCCCGCAAAACUACGUCGAGAUGAACGCCAAGGAACACGAGUUCGCCUGUGAGCGUGGCCUCGGAAAGGUCAAGCAGCGCUCCAAGUUGAACCGGGCCCAGACGUUCGCCUUUGGACAGCAUUCUCCCCAGAUGGAAGACAGUCCCACGGGCCGCUGCCGGAAUAAUGCCAGCGAGCGCAAUCGCUUCUUGGAUUCCCCCUUCGCGGCAAGUCCGGCUUCCAAUCGAUUCUCGGGUCGCCGUAUGCUGUCUUAUUAAAAGGACAGGAGUACAUACACUUCCUCAGCAAGACCUUCCCUUUUUCCUUACGGCGCCAUGGCUUGAUGUCAGCUUUUCUUCCUUUCGGUCUUUUUCGGUCUCUUUUUCUUUUUGGCUUGGAGCGCGGCGUUAAAUUUUGGCUUUCCCUCAUCAACUUCCUUCGGUCCCGUACGUGUCGGUUGAUACCUGACUCUUGAUAUCUACGAUGACUCUUCCUCUCGCCAUCUUCCCUGAUGGC